CCGUAAGUGACGGUCGCCCCUUCCCUACGCCAGGCCGUAGGGAGGGGGGAAAAGUUCAGGCCGAAAGAAUUUCGGGUGCGCCCCCAGGGGUUGUUUUGCCAAGACGCUCCUAUUGCAAAAUCUGCAGUUGAAAAGAAACAUUUUUUUAUAAGAAGAGAAUGGAUGGAGAAGAGAAGACGUAUGGUGGGUGUGAGGGCCCAGAUGCGAUGUAUGUGAAGUUAAUAUCCUCUGAUGGCCAUGAGUUCAUUGUAAAAAGAGAGCAUGCAUUAACAUCAGGAACAAUAAAAGCUAUGUUGAGUGGACCAGGUCAGUUUGCAGAAAAUGAAACAAAUGAGGUGAAUUUUAGAGAGAUCCCAUCCCAUGUCCUAUCCAAAGUAUGCAUGUAUUUCACCUACAAGGUCCGCUAUACUAACAGCUCUACGGAGAUUCCUGAAUUCCCAAUUGCACCUGAAAUUGCACUGGAACUUCUGAUGGCUGCAAACUUCUUAGAUUGUUAAAUAAAAUAAAUUAUAAUAAAAAAUGUAAAACUUUUUUCAGUAUUUAAUACAUGUAGUUCAGUUAGUAACUUUUUUCAGAUAGCAUGUUGCGUGUGUGCUGUUGAGAACUGUAAAGUUCACUGCAGAGGCAAUUGCCUUCAGUUCUUUUGCAUAUAGCAAUCAUUCAGUUGGAGUUUGUUUUGCUGCUUACACAAAUAAGGACCUUUUCACAAACUGAGACAAAUAAACAAAUAUGCCAAUUAGUA